AUGGGCUUUGAAGAGUUUGACUCUCAGGAUCAAUCUACAUACCUCCAGAGGCAGCUGAGCUCAAUGCUACAGCCAGGGGUGAACAAGUUUUCCCUGCGCAUGUUUGGAAGCACCAAAGGAGUUGCAGCUGAGCAGCAGAGAGUCAAGUCUUUUGGGGUCUGGAUCAUACAUCCAUACAGUAAUUUUCGUUUCUACUGGGACCUGAUAAUGCUCUUUCUGAUGAUGUGCAACCUGGUCAUCCUACCAUGGGGCAUUACCUUCUCUGAUGAUCAGAACACGCUGCCAUGGAUGGUCUUCAACAUGGCUUCAGAUACACUUUUCCUGAUUGACCUGAUCUUGAACUUCCGCACAGGGAUCUUGGAGGGUGACAACACCCAUAUUAUACUGGAUCCACAAGUGAUUCGAUGCCGAUACCUGCAGGGCUGGUUUCUUGUGGAUUUCAUCUCUUCCAUCCCAGUGGAUUACAUUUUUCUGGCAGUUGACCUUGAGGCUCGGAUAGAGUCUGCAGAAGUGUACCGCACUGCCAGAGCAUUGCGGAUUGUCCGUUUCACCAAGAUCCUAAGCCUGCUCAGACUACUCCGUCUAUCCAGGCUUAUUCGCUACAUACACCAGUGGGAAGAGAUGUUCCACAUGACAUAUGACCUGGCAAGUGCAGUGAUUCGGAUAGUGAAUUUGAUUGGCAUAAUGCUUUUGCUGUGUCACUGGGAUGGCUGUCUUCAGUUCUUGGUGCCUAUGCUGCAGGAUUUCCCCUCAAACUGCUGGGUUUCCAAAAACAACAUGGUGAAUGCAACCUGGGAUGUACAGUACUCUUAUGCCCUCUUCAUGGCUAUGAGCCACAUGCUGUGCAUUGGAUAUGGUGCCCAAGCUCCUGAGAGACUAACCGAUGUCUGGCUCACCAUGAUCAGCAUGAUCACAGGUGCCACUUGUUAUGCUAUGUUUCUCGGCCAUGCCACCAACCUGAUCCAGUCACUGGAUGCCUCCCAUCGGCAAUACCAAGAGAAGUAUAAGCAAGUGGAGCAGUACAUGUCCUUUCAUAAGCUUCCUGCUGAUAUGAGACAGAGAAUCCAUGACUAUUAUGAACACCGUUUCCAGGGGAAGAUGUUUGAUGAGGAGAGUAUCCUGGGAGAACUCAGUGACCAGCUUAAAGAGGACAUAGUGAGCUACAACUGUCGUGGACUGGUGGCGAACAUGCCGCUGUUUAGCAAUGCUGACCCGCAUUUCGUCACCGUCCUCCUGACCAAGCUACGCUUUGAGGUCUUCCUUCCAGGUGACAUAAUUAUUCGUGAAGGCACACUGGGACGUAAGAUGUACUUCAUACAGCAUGGCUUUGUCACCAUUGUCACAUCAGACAUGAAGGAGAAGAUUCUCAGCGAUGGCUGUUACUUUGGUGAGAUAUGCUUGCUGACCCAUGGGUGCCGCACAGCCACUGUGAAGGCAGACACCUACUGCAGACUCUACUCUCUCAGUGUUGACAGCUUUAAUGAGGUUCUGGAAGAGCAUCCCAUCAUGAGGAGGGCUUUUGAGAGUGUUGCCAUAGAACAUCUGGCCCAUAUGGAGCAAACACCCAAAUCAAACUCAACAUCAUUAUGAGUAGACACAAAUGAUCAGAGUAAUGACAAUGGCUGUUUAUGGGAUCUUGAUUCUCCAUCACAGCUUACUAUAUAAAGAAGGACAAA